UUUAUGCACAUGCGUACGUCUUAAAUUGUACGUCUUACGGCUUAAGUUUUUGAUUGUGUGAACAUCCUUACUUUUUGGAGUGUAGAGGCUACCUUUAUAUAGUUACACUGGCCAAAAAGUGUUUACUUAGUUUAAUCUAUAGUGGGAUGAAAUGAAUCUCAGUUGGUUCUCUCAGUUCGACUAUAUCAAGUUAUCAUGGUUAAUUCGAUCAAAUCUGUAAAUUGUUUGACUAAAUCUUUUCUCCGACUUCAACUUAUUAAAAAUAAGGUUAACAGCAAUUGUUUCAACAAUAAGAAGAAUUCAUCAAUUUCACUACCCAAUAAUAAUAGAUAUUAUAAUUGUAACAUUAGUGAAAACAAUAACCUAGUGUUAAAUAAACUUAAUCUUAACAAUUAUUCAAGAUACGGAAAAAAUAAUGCUAAAAGUCAUAUGUUUGUACGAGGAACAAGACAUUCGUCUCAUGUUAAAACAGAAAAUGUUAAAUCAAGUCAAAAAUCGCCAGAAGCAAAUGAAAAUAUGCUGAUUAUUUAUGAUUCACAAUGUCCAUUAUUUGUUGUAAAUAAACAGAGCUCUGUCGACAAACCUAGUGAAUUCAACUCCGAUGAUGUUGAAGUUGAUGAUGAAAAUGAAUUUCUUAUUGACACAACAUUGAAGAAAUAUAAAAUACCAGCACCUUUGGAAACUUGUGAUGAAGAUUUUUCAUAUUAUGCACCAUAUAUGCAACCAACAUUCAAUUUUGCUACUUAUGCUAAUCGAUCUGAAACAAUCCAACAGCUUGUUAAGCUUGGAGUUGAACUCUAUAAAAUAGAGAGGUAUCCAAAUAGUAUGAAGAGUCUUCUUCGACGUGAUUUCAAUGAAAUAAAACCAUAUAUUCAAUUUCUACAUGAUUGUGGAGUCCACCCACAUGACAUUGGCCAUUGUUUGACGAAGUUUCCACUCAUUAUUGAUGAAGAUCUUGAUGAUUUGCACACAAGAAUUCGCUAUUUAAGAGCCCAUAAAUUUUCCAUCGAUGACAUUCAAAGGAUUGUGAGUGUUUGUCCUCAAUGGCUGAGAUAUACAACAAAAGAAGUUGAUCGGAAACUCGGAUAUGUCCAAGCAGAGCUUAAAUUAUCUGGAGAACAAGUGAGAAAAGCCUUCGUGAUGCAGCCAAAGCUGAUUUUAGCUCCCCGAAGUCAGCUUAGAGAAAAUUUCUUUUCAGUUAAAGAAGAAAUGGGUUUUGAUGACUACCAGAUUAAGCAAAUUCUGCUAGCAAAGCCAAGUAUAUUCAUAAAUGAACGAAAAUUUAUUGCAAAGACGUUUGAUUAUGUUCACAAUCAAAUGCAGAUUUCACUUGAAUUGUUAACUAAAAUUCCAGUGAUUUUGUUAGCUCCAGUUUCUAAAAUUGCAGAACGUCACGAGUUCCUGAAACUUUUGAAAAGAGAUCAAUAUGAUCCACGGAAGCCCUUGUAUGUUAAUUUAGAAGAUCUAUCUCGUUCAUCAGAUUAUGAAUUUUGUACAAAUAUUGCUAAAACGUCGAUACAAUUAUUUGAUAUGUUUCUAAAAACUCGUUAAUAAAUGGUGAAGUAUACAGUUAUGAAA